AUGAGAAGUCCUUCCUACAUCGCGAAUGGGGAUGCUAGCUACGAUCCCUAUGCAACAGAUGAUUAUCUAUCCAGUAAAGAACUUAACGACGAACACUCGAAAUGGAUUCAUAGAGAUAAGUUGGCUAGGAUAGAGAACCAAGAGCUUCAAGCCGCCGGAAUUGUCUUACCCAAGCCAAGAGCUCACAGCAGACCAAGGCGAGAUCGUAGCCCAGAAAAAGCAAACGGACGCCGGCGGGGUACUGAUGCAUCGGAGCGUCCGGUUGCGAGGUCUCGAAAAAAUUCGGACCUGAGUUUAGAAAAAUCUAAUGACGUCGAGAGUCCGGGUUGGGACUUGCGUCUCCCCGCGGAGAUAGCAGAGGACCCCGGCGAGUAUUGGGUAACAAGCGAUGCCAGCAAGUCGCGUAUUCCAGUAGCCAAGAUAAGCCCAGCGCCAAUUCCUGUCGACUUCCUCGAGCGAGAUGCGCCAGCAACGCGCAAGCCAGGCUUCCCUAUGCUUGACGAAGAUCCUUCAAUCUCAUUGCCGAAAUCACGGUCACGUAGCGGUAGUUCUAACGCGCUGGAUAAUGUCCCGAAAAUUCAACCUACGAAGCGUGCCGUUACGGAAGGAUCACCUAAGAAAACAACUUCCACCGGAGCUAAGAAAGGCACCGCACCGACUAAAACAACCUCACAAGGUCGACCUAAGACCCGGUCAGGUCCGAACCCUCGUAGUGGUUCUACUACACGACCAACCACCCGAUCCGGCGAGUUGUCACCAUCCGUAACAAAAUCUGCGCCAGAGGGUGAUCCGCCGUGGAUGAUUUCCGCAUAUAAACCCGAUCCUCGCUUGCCUCCAGACCAGCAGCUCCUCCCUACCGUCGCAAAGAGGUUACAACAAGAGAAAUGGGAGCAGGAAGGCAAAUUCGGUAAUAUUUAUGAUAAAGAGUUUCGCCCUCUUAAUGACGAGGGCUUCUUAAAGCCUCCCGAAGUUGAGAAGCCGAAGGAGACCGAGGAGGAACAACAACAACAACAACAACAACAACAACAGCAACAGCAACAACAGGGAGAAUGGCCAUUACGGCCUGGUGCUAAGAGUCCAAAUACGAGCCGGCCCGGUACAAGCUCUUACUCGACGAUGCCCAAGAUUCAAGGCGCACCUGCCGCUAGCCCGCGUUCGGUUCAACAGCCUCAAAUCCAGACUGUUCAAAAUCCUAGAGUACCAACAGAGGUAGAAGAACCCGAAGAAGAGAAACCAAACAAGUCUGGGUGUGGUUGCUGCGUUGUAAUGUAA